AUGAUUAAGAAUUGUAUUGCAUUGAAUCUGAAAUUUGCACAACCAUCAAAGUAUACAUUCAAUGAAUUGUCGUGUUAUAGAUAUAUCGUUAGCGAAUUGAACAGGUUAGGUAAAGUUUUAUAUGCAAGGCCUUACUUGUUCAAUACUCAGUCGUUGUCAAGGGAUAAUAGACGUUUAGAUAUUGUGGUUAAUGGACAAAGACAGCUUUUAUCGCAGUUUUUCUACGGGUUAAAAGGCAUACAGAUGGAUCAAGAUUCUCUUGCUAGAUCAUCAUCGAUGGUUCCCUUGGACCAACCCAUAAAAGAUGAAGAAGACCACGAAGGGUUGGUACAACUACAUGAAGCAUGGAAAACACAAUUAGAUAUUUAUGAAAGGCAGAAAAGAUAUGAGUUACAUGCGUUACCAGAUUUUGUAAAAGUUGAACCAUGGGUACUUGAUACCAAGAUACCUAAUGAGGCAGAUUACGAAGGUAAUACCCAUCAGUUAAAAAGUACAAAUGAAAUCCUAACUUUAAAAUCACAGAUUUAUCCAGAUUUUGAAGCUAUGCCAUUUGAAAUGCAAAAAUGGUUUAUCGGAUUAGGUCUAAGAAGUGAAUCCGACCAACUAUGUCAAGAUCGAUUAGAUAUCUUGACCCAUGGGUUUAAAGGGUUUGUAUGA